AUGAUCUCGUCCAACGACCUCGACGUGCUCCAGUCGCUUUGGUAUAGCACGGCCUGUGCCACUGCCAAAAGCGUUUACCGCGGCCGCGACGUAAUCGUCAAGACGUUUAGCUACUUUGGCCACAUCGAUGACUUUGGUCGUCGUGUGCAGACGUAUUACCAGCUGCGUUCGCCGUAUCUGGUCUCGCUGCUCGCGGUGGCAGACGUUGCAUCGGCCUGCCCCAAGCUCAUUUUUGAGUACAUGGACGGUGGCGGACUCCGUGACUACGUCUCGUCACGCAAGAACAGCAUGCCACCCGUGACGAUCGCACUCGCCGUCGCCAAGGGCCUCGAGCAUCUGCACCGCCACCGCGUCGCGCAUGGUCGCUUGACCCUGAACAGCAUCAGCAUCGCCACCGACGGCCGAAUCAAGCUCCCCGAUUUUGGCUUUAGCUAUGAUGACGCAUACCUCGCGACAUUACCACCGGUAUACGAGAUGCCGGAAAGGACAUGUGAUCCCCCACGGACCCCGCGCAAUUACCGGUACUGGAUGGCCCCCGAGGCUCGCUGUCUCAAGGAUACAGAGACCACUGCUGCCGAUAUUUUUUCGUUUGGCGUCAUCAUGAUCGAGCUCCUGUGGCUGAGAACGCAUGACAACUUGGAUCACUUUGGCAAAGCCAUGCUCUACAUCCAAGCUGGUACGGCGACAACCGACCUUCUCAAUGUACCCGACGACUGGUACCAUGCCCUCGCGCUUCGCUGCGUCGCACGCGACCCCUCGACGCGACCAACUGCCGCGGAGAUUGUACAGCAUCUCGAACAGCACAGUGCGACAGAAGACGACGAUACUAUCGUCUAA